AUGAAUAGUUAUGGAAUAAUUCCUCUAAAAAUCCCGUCGUCUCCAGCGACACACUGCACCCUACAUACAACUGUUGGUUGCUUAGGGAAUGACGAGUGCACAGCCAAGAGCCACAGCAUCAUAAGACUGCUGGGGCCAGUGCGGGAUGUAAUUGUGAGACCAGCUCGACACCAUUACAAACCUGGAGAAACAACUUUGGACCAUGACUUGAGACUCGUACGAGAAGAACUAGCGUAUGUUGCGCUAAGCGACCCAGCAGGCACCAAAGUCGCUAUAUGGGAUCAACUGUCUUUAGAUGAAGGUGUCCGCAAAUUGACUGCCAUAUUAGCAUCGAGCGCUCAUUCUGGCAUUUGGAAAAUAGAAGCCCGUUGUGGUGGAGGCUCAGCCAGGGUUGACUUGAAUAUCGGAACUGGAGUCAACAGUCCAACGUCAGCAGCACCAGCCGCUGAGCAACAUUACGUGGAGUUGCGAUUUGCUGACAGCAUGCGGAGACGAUAUAAACCUGGUUUACCCUUCGUCGGACGGGUAAGCUUCUAAAUUUUGUAAACCGUUUUCAAACAAUCUUAAGGCCAUUUUUAAAUGCUGUGAGUAAGUGAUUAUGACAACUUAGUCACUAUAUGGCGUAGUUAAAAGACAUGAAUAAUAAAUUCAAGAGAUUAAUUUUGCUGUAGUAUCUAUGAUCGAUUUUCGAUUUUUACGCCUAAUAACUUUACUUCCUUUGGAUAGAUAGAAAAAUCUAAUUACUUCAACACACUGUCUUCAUCAUCAUCAUCAUCACCGGCCCUUUUACGUCCCCACUGCAGGGGCUCAGGCCUUCCUUGUGGUUAAGGAGGAUGGACCCUCCACGCUGGCCCAUUGCGGAUUGGAGGGUAUUAACGACUGCAAAUGCAGCUGGGACCAACAGCUUAACGUGCCUUCCGAAGCACGGAGUAGCUUGAAAUAAUAAUUUUUUGGUCAUCCAUCCCGUGACCGAACCUUGCGAAAGUUGCUUAACGACUACGAUCGCGGGCCGCGGCGCUUAUCCACUACGCCACCGAGCUACUACACACUGUCUU